GUCAGACUCGCAUCGAGCGACCGACUUGAAGAUGUCCUGCUUCACCCUCUCGCCGGGCCCUGACCCCACCGGCGCAGACAGCCCAGGGUCGUCUAUCUUCGACCUACCCACACAGACUGGACGUAAUGAGCGGCCUACGCCGACACCGCAAGGAGGUGCAAUCGCGUCCGGUGACUGCUUCUGCGAUAAUACCAGCCAGAGGGAAGCGACACCCUCGUUUCUGGUGAUCUCUGGUGGAACAGGGUGCAACUCGAUAUGUUCGGCCUUUGGGAACGCGUGCUAUGUGCUUCCUGUCUCGGACGACGGAGGCUCUUCCAGUGAGAUUAUACGCGUCUUGGGCGGACCGUCUAUCGGUGAUAUACGGUCGCGUCUUGUACGCUUGAUACCGCCCGCCCCUAGAACAUCGUCCCUGGACCGUAUCCGUAACCUCCUUGCAUACAGAUUGUCCGCGGAACGUUCUGAGCGCGAAGCUCGCGAGGAAUGGAGGGACAUCGUCGAGGGUAGGAGCCCGUUGUGGUCCGGGAUACCCAAUGACAGGAAGGAGACGAUCCGAGGCUUCCUGGUGCACUUUGAAGGUGAGGUACUGAAGCGAGCACAUAAGAACUUCUCGUUCGUGAAUGGGAGCAUCGGUAAUUACUUCCUCUCUGCCGCCCAAAUCUUCUUCCGCUCUCUUCCCUCGGCCAUAUUUCUAUUCUCCUCCAUCACAAACAGCCAGGCGAACAUCAUUCCCGUCAUCGUCACGAACCACACAGUGACGAUCGCCGCAGAACUAGAGGACGGCGGCAGGCUCGUCGGACAGUGCGAGAUAUCCCACCCAGUGGCACGUCCACCGAGCAUCAGCGUCCUCGGCGCGGAAGAGCACGAUGCGGACCCGUUGUCCCCGGUAGACGGCCUGGAUGGUGUGGUCUCGCCGAAGGGGAACGUGAUGUUCCAGGCACACGAUAAGUCGGACUACCAGCCGCUUGGCGCAAGGAUAUCAAGGCUGUACUACAUCAACGCGUAUGGGAGCGAGAUACACCCGUCGCCCAACCCUGACUACAUCACAAACAUGUCGCUGAAUGAUGUUUUGGUGUACUCUUGCGGGUCGUUGUGGACGAGUAUCAUCCCUUGCCUUGCCUUGAGAGGCGUAGCGAGCGCCAUCGCGCGCUCACGGUCUCUCCGUGCCAAGGUCCUCCUGCUAAACUCGAAGAACGACCGAGAGACGGACGGCUACACAGCCGUGGAUUACGUCAAGACGAUCGCGCGUACGCUGAACGAAUCUCAUCACUCUCCCUCCUAUGGCGGCCUGGGCAGGGCCGACACUACUUACCCCGUCUCUGCGUUUAUCACGCACAUCGUCUACCUCCAGGGUACCACCGUCGAGGUGGACGAGGCACAAAUCACCGCUCUGGGCGUGCAGUGCAUCCGGGUGAAGGGUACGCUGGACGAUAAGUCCGACACCCCUCUCUUCGACGCGGAUUGUGUUCGUUUUGCCAUGCAUCGCAUCAUAGUAGAGACGUCACUUCGCGACUGAACGUGUGCAUCCCGGCGCAAUUGGACCGUGUCCAUUACCUUAUAAUCUGUCUCUCCGCUUCCUUCAUGUGACAGACACAACAUAUCUAGCCUAUGUAGAAGAUACA